AUGGCAUCAUUUGAUGACCAAUGUCACUGGCCUGAAGGAGACAUUCUGAAGUUACUGGACUCCAUCAAGGAUAACAUCCCAUCAGGUGACUUCAGAGCAUUCAGAAAAACCCAGGAAGACAUAGACUGGGACAAAGUAGCUUUUGAGAAUUUUUCAGGAGAAAUGUGCAAACGAAAGUGGAUGGAGAUUUCUCAUAACUUAAGGAAAUUCCGCACACUAACAGAAUUAGUGUUGGAAGCUAAGGAACUUAUUAAACAACCUUGCAAAAGGACAGUCAAGCAACAUCCUGACUUCCCCAAAAGACCUCUGACCGCCUAUCUGCGCUUUUACAAAGAGCAGCAUGCCAAGUACUGUCAGAUGUACCCUGAGUACAGCAACCAGCAGCUGACCAAAGUUCUAGCCGAGAAAUACCGUCAGCUGCCAGUGGAGGUCAAGCAGAGAUAUAUCCAGGACUUCCAGAAGGAGAAACAAGACUUUCAGAAAAAAAUUACUCAAUUCAAGGAAAUACAUCCUGGUGUAAGGCAUCCCAAGAAAUCUGUGGAGCCAAGAAGUCAUCAAAUCAAAGUAUCUAAAAAACCACAAGGAGAUAUGAAAACCGUAAAGUCUCCUCUAGAAAUGAAACUUCCCAAAACAGUUUCUUCACAUACAAUGUUUCAGGGAGAACCCAAGAAACCUCCUAUGAAUGGAUAUCAAAAAUUUCACCAAGACUCAUGGUCAAGUCCUGCUCUGCAUCACCUGUCCUUUAGGGAGCGCUAUGUUGAGAUUAGCAGGCGUUGGCAUAGAGUCCCAUUGGACCAGAAAGAACUUUAUAACAGACAGGCUGAGGAGCUACAGAAAGGAUACUGGGUGAAGCUGAAGCACUGGCUCCAGAAUUUGUCGCCUGAGGAAUUUGCAGCAUACAAUGAGGCAAAGGCUUCCUGCGGUAAGCGAAAGAGCAGAGCCACAUCAGCAGGCACAAGCUCCAAGUCUGGACAAACAGAUCUGCAUUCCUCCUCAGCAGAGGAGCUGCAAGUAAGACCUGGAAAAGUAAAAAGGCUUCUGGAGCCUGGGACAGAUUCCUCAGACACAACUACGGGCCGUGAUGGUGGCUCCCAGGCAAUCAGGCGGAAAAUGACAGAAAGUGACAAAGAAGAAGACAGUAGCAGUUCUUCAUACUCUAGCAGUUCAGACGAAGAUGAUGACUAUCUUCCUCGGGGGAAACUUUAG